AUGGCGGAGCCGCGCCGGGUGCCGUUCAUUAGCCUGUCACCCGUGAGGCGCCGCGAGGGCGAGAGCCCAGCGCUGGAGCGGGAGCCGGGGGGCCGCGAGUCGGAGCCGCCACCGGCGGGCCGCGAGGCGCCGCUGUUGGUGCCGCCGGAGCUGCCGCCGCACGAGCUCUCCCGGGCAGAACCGCCGCCGCCCCGCGAGACCGGCCGGCCCGAGCAGCAGCCGCAGCGAGAGCCCCCGCGGCCCGAGCCGCCGCCGCUGCCGCCACCGCCGCAGUUACCGCCGCCGCCGCGCCAGAGCAGUCGGCAGGAGCCGCCGCCGCCGCAGGAGGCGCUCCCGCUCCGCCAGACGGUCCGCCUGGAGGUGGUGCUGAAGGACCCCACCGAGGAAGGCUGUGUGGAGUUCAGCUACCCGGAGCUGCUGCUGUGCGGGGACUCGCGGAAGAAAUCGGUUCACUCAGAAGAUCCAUUUAAUGAUGAGCAGCGUGAGCGGCAUGAAGUAGAAAUGCUAGCCAAGAAGUUCGAGGCAAAAUACGGUGGAAAGCCCCACAAACAUCGGAAGGAUCGCCUGCAGGAUCUGAUUGAUAUAGGCUAUGGUUAUGAUGAAACAGACCCUUUCAUUGAUAAUUCUGAAGCGUAUGAUGAAUUGGUUCCUGCAUCCCUAACAACCAAAUAUGGAGGGUUUUAUAUCAACACUGGCACACUGCAGUUCCGUCAGGCAUCUGACUCAGAGGAUGAAGACUUUGCAGAAGACAAAAAGCAUAGGCCACCUAAAGUGACAAAGUUGAAAGAGAGUGAGGAUCGUGGAAUGAAGAAGCGCAAACGGAAAGAUGAAGGGACAGAAAAGGAGAAGAAACCUCGGAAAAUGAAAGUUCCUAAGCAGUUGGGAGUAAUGGCCUUAAAUUCUCACAAGUCUGAAAAGAAGAAAAAGAAACUAUAUAAAGACUCACUCUCUCUGGCUGCCAUGAUCCGUAAAUUUCAAAAGGAGAAGGAAGCCAUGAGGAAGAAGGAAUCAAGUCCAAAACCUCCAGUGACUGUUGCAACCUCUACCCCUAGUAAAAUUCCUUCCUCCUCUCUCAGUGCAGGAAAUGAUAUCUCUGACUUGAAUCUUAGGAGCAACGAUCCUGUCCUCUCCAUUUUUGGUAGCACAAAUGAACCUGAGCUCCUACAAGAAACUGAAAGUGCCCUGGAGAUGCUGGGAGACAUUGACUUUGACAAGUUGCUUGAUGGCACUUCUGAUGGCAGCCCAGUAUCUGAGCUGUCAGGAGAAAAUGGAAAUGUCACUCAGGCAACCUACACCUCUCAGGUCAUGACACCCAAGCAGGUGCCUGCCCUCCCAGAAGGUCUACCUGUGCUACUUGAAAAGCGCAUUGGGGACCUUCGAACAGCCGCCAAGAUGUUUGAUGAAGAAGGCAGGAAGAAGUUUUUCACGCAAGACAUGAAUAAUAUUCUGCUGGACAUUGAGCUGCAGUUACAGGAGAUAAAUCCUGCCCUCCGCAAUGGAGUGUACUCUCACCUUGAGGCUUUUGUGCCAUGCAAUAAGGACACACUGAUAAAACGUCUGAAGAAGUUACACCUCAAUGUGCAGGAUGACCGCUUGAGAGAACCACUGCAGAAGCUGAAACUGGCUGUCAGUAACGUCAUGCCUGAACAGUUAUGCAAGUAUCAAGAGGACUGUCAGGCCCGCAGUCAAGCCAAGAAUGCCAAGUCACAAGUGGAAGAUGAACGAGAGAAAAAUGGAUCAGAGGAAGAUGAUGAUGAAAAACCUGGAAAAAGGGUUGUGGGACCCAGAAAGAAGUUUCAUUGGGAUGACACAGUAAGGUCUCUGUUGUGUAAUCUUGUCAAGAUCAAGCUGGGAUGCUAUGAGCUAGAGCCAAAUAGAAGUCAGUCUGCUGAAGAUUACCUCAAAACUUUUAUGGAAACAGAAGUGAAACCACUUUGGCCUAAAGGCUGGAUGCAGGCAAGGAUGCUAUUCAAAGAAAGCCGAAGCGUUCACAAUCACCUCACUGCUGCUCCGGCAAAGAAGAAGGUGAUUUUGGCCCCUAAACCCAAAGUGAAGGACUCCAGUCCAAAGAAAGAACAGAAAACAUGUUUGUCUUCAGUCAAUUCAGGUUGUGCUGCUGUCCUGAGUUCCAGCACACCUGUCUGCACCCCAGCCAGCUCUAGCUGCACACCGGCUCCAGAGACGAUCUGCUUGGAUGACUCAUUGGAUGAAGACCUCUCUUUCCACCCACCAUCACUGGACUCUAUUUCUGAUGCUCUGGCAGUUAUGAAUAAUGGUGCCAAGGGAUCACCUCUUGGAUCUACCAUAGAUGCACCAACGUCCAGACCUCGCCCUGGGCUGAGGGAGGAGAAAUUAGCAAGCAUUAUGAGUAAGCUGCCCCUGGCAACUUCAAAGAAAGUAGAGCCCACUCAAACACCCCAUUCAUCAAGUCUUAUUGCUGGUCACACAGGGCCAGUACCAAAGAAACCCCAGGACCUAGUUCACACUGGUAUCUCUUCAGGCCUUAUUGCUGGAUCUUCAAUUCAAAAUCCGAAGGUUUCCUUAGAGCCUUUGCCAGCCAAACUACUUCAGCAAGGACUACAGAGGUCAAGCCAGAUCCAAGCUGCCUCCUCCUCUUCGCAGACUCAUGUUUCUUCCUCUAAGACCCAAGCAGCUAUUUCCACCUCUUCUCAAAGAACCAAGGAUGCUAAUAUCUUAGUAUCAUCUUCUGAGGCUCAAGGUAGUUCUUCCUCAACAUCACAAGUGACAAAGGUGCACCAGCAUUCAGCUGUACAGCAGAAAUAUGUAUCUCCUUUACAAGCAACUAUUAGUAAAUCACAGACCAAUCCAGUGGUGAAAUUGAGUAGUAACCCCAAACUGUCUUGCUCAUCACCAGUCAUCAAGGCUCAAGAUAAGUCUGUAGUAUAUCGCCUGCCUUUGUCCAAUCCCUCAUCUGGAAGUGGCUCUCAAGUGUCUCACCCACUGGUUUCUCGGUCAACAUCCAGCACCUCUACCUCUAGUAACUAUUUAGCCAAGGCUAUGGUGUCACAAGUUUCUUCCCAGGGUUUCAAGUCUCCCUUCUCGAUGGCUGCCUCUCCCAAACCUGCUGCCUCUCCCAAGCCCACUGCAUCUAAACCCUCUGUGACACCUAAGCCCAAUGCAUCACCUAAAUUUUCAUCGAAGUCCACCUCAUCCCCCAGGCCUGCAACAACACCCAGUUCUUCCAGUUCAAGUGCACUAGUUUCCCAGAGCAGUCACUCCAGCAACAACCCCCUUCAUAAACAGACCAGUGGUGUAAAUAUCAGCAGGCAGUCUCCCACAGUCAAUUUGCUGCCCUCUAAUCGCACCUCAGGCCUUCAGCCUGCAAAGAACCCUCAGGCGUCAAAAUUACCCAACUCUUCUUCUGGAACUGUUGGUAAAAACAAUUUGGGUGGAGUUGGAAUGAAUGUACCUGCCAGCAGAGGCAGUAACCUUAACUCAAGUGGCGCUAGUAGGACUAGUCUGUCUGGGGGAGCAGGAAGUGGAACACAGGGUGCUACUAAACAAUUGUCAACUCCACACAGACCGUCUUCUGCCUCAGGGUCAUCAGUUGUAGCAGCCAGUGUACAGUCAACAGCAGGAGCAUCCUUACUGGCUAAUGCCUCACCUCUGACUCUCAUGGCAUCACCCCUGUCUGUAACCAGUCAGAAUGUGACGUCUGCACCAUUAACUCCUUUUGGGAUGCUGGGUGGCCUUGUUCCUGUGACCGUGCCCUUCCAGUUUCCCUUGGAGCUGCUUGGAUUUGGGACAGACACAGCUGGAGUGACAACCACCUCGGGAUCUACCUCAGCGGCUUUCCACCACAGCCUAACUCAGAACUUACUGAAGGGUUUACAGCCAGGUGCUCAGCACGCAGCAACGCUGUCUCACUCACCUCUGCCUGCUCACUUGCAGCAAGCUUACACAGAUGGAGGCCAAAGUAAAGGGGACACUAAGCUACAGCGGAAAAACCAGUGACUUCUGGACAAGCAAGGGAGCUGAAGCAGUUCUGGUUGGCUGACAGAAUCUGCCCAGUUGGGAAAGUGCUUAUUGUCACAGGGCUGCUGUUUCUGUCAAUGUUUACAUAUUCUGAUCCCAAGCACUGUGGUGAGAGGAAGAAGAAAAAUAAAACAAUACUUGAUCAAAGAGAGAAGGAAAAGGAGGACUGGUCCUCCUUGGUCAUGCAGACUGGUCAUAGUUUGAUCUUGCCUAAAGAAACAAGCGUUUUUUACCUGCUCUGAUUGGCUUUUAAAAGAAAUUGAUCGUCAAACCCACAGCAGCACAAACUUUUUUUUUCUUAGGUGAUGUCCAAUGAAGAGUUGAAAGUGUGAGAGGAGCUAGAAUAUGUUUCUCCAUCCAUUGUGUAAGGUGGAAUCAUCUACUUCAUUAGUGCCCAAAGUGCCCAGUAUAAGAUUAUGUGCAGGUCCUGAGUGUACUACAUGGUUGUGGACCAAAGGUUAUAUAGAGUAAAGGUGAUGCUGGGAUGCUUUGCAUUAUAAUUAAACCCUUAUACAAAUGCAGUUUCUAGUAUGGACAUUUU